UCAUCUUCCACCUCCUCCUCCUCUCUUCCUCGCUCUCCACUCGUGCAGGCAGUAGCAAGGACGUCCUCCUCCUCCUCUUCCUGCUGUUCCUCCUCCUCCUCAUCUUCCUACUCUUCCUCUCCCUUCUUCUUCUCCUGCAGACGAUGCGAGCGAGCGGCCGCUAGGACAACUUCUUCUUUUUCGUGCCCGUGCGGAUCGAAGGAUUUCUACUCGUCGGCAACCUUUGAAUGUGACAUCGUUUCACCAGGGCGGGGAAUAAUAAGCCAUCAGCAUGAAUUUCGUGAUGAAACAAGCGUUGGGAGGGGCCACCAAAGACAUGGGCAAGAUGCUAGGUGGCGAGGAGGAAAAAGACCCUGACGCCCAGAAGAAGGAGGAGGAGAGGCAAGAAGCGCUGAGGCAACAAGAAGAGGAGAGGAAGGCCAAGUAUGCCAGAAUGGAGGCAGAGAGGGAAAACAUCCGACAGGGCAUCCGGGAUAAGUACGGCAUCAAGAAGAAGGAGGAGAAGGAGGCGGAGGCGGCCGCCGCCAUGGAGCAGGCCUCGGAGGGCAGCCUGACACGCCCCAAGAAGGCGGUGCCCACCGGCUGUGGCGACGAGGAGGAGGAGGAGAGCAUCGUGGACACGGUGAUGAAGUUCAUCCCGGCGCCGCUCAUGGAUAUGUUCAACAAGAAGUAACAACUCCUCCAUCCUCUCCUCCUCUUCACACUCUGCUCUUCUUCGACUGCUGCAAUGUGACAUUACGUUGGUCACAAAAUGGCUAAUUUAAUGUCCUUUCUGCCGCUUAUUCGUUAGAAAUAAUCAUACCGAUAACCCUACGUCAUGCCCACUUUGAUUUGUAAAUAGCCUGGCGUCACCUGACAAAUAAUAUAUAAAUAUAUAUAUAUAUGACGUAUAACAAGAUGGAUAGAUGAUUACAAGCCAUAUUUUUAACUUUGAAGACAAUAUGGAAAUCAUUUUUGGUUCUUUUACAUGAUUGAUAAUAUUUGAUACAUGUACGGAAAGACCUGAUCAUCAGAAUUGAUAGGUUUGUGAUUUUUUUUUUUUUUUAAGGCAUGCAGUGAGACGUGAUGUGACGUGGUCGUUUGUCACCAUCAAGCGAAAUAUGAGGCAAUAACUGAUUUUUUUUUUUUCCAAUAAUCUGGUAUAUUGACUCUGUGUCAAAUGUUCUUCCACAUCAGGGUGAGUGGGGCUAAAAGAAAAUCCUCUCCGAGCAGUAAAUGAUUGUCGUGAGUUUUCGCUACAUUUUGCUUUCGUUCUAUGAUUGUUAAAAGAAAACGGAAAAUUGCAAAAUAUAUUCCACUUCGAAAAAACAAUGAGUUAAGUGUUGUUACCCGCGAAUUAGAUCAAUUGCCAUCUACAGGGUGACUCCCCCCAAUUUUUUUUUUUUAAAACAGGAACUUUUUAACAAUGUGCGAAGCCCCUAAAGGGACAUCGACAGAAAUCAAAUUAAUUUAAACUAUCUGGUGCGCACUAGAAACAAUCUGGUGCACCUUAGAAACAAUCUGGUGCGCACGAGAAACUCUGUUGCGCCCUAGAAACUAUCUGGUGCACACUAGAAACAGUCUGGUGCGCAGUAGAAACAGUCUGGUGCACUCGAGAAACUAUCUGGGGCGCAUUAGAAACAAUCUGGUGCGCACGAGAAACUCUGUUGCGCCCUAGAAACUAUCUGGUGCACACUAGAAACAGUCUGGUGCAAAGUAGAAACAGUCUGGAGCACGCUAGAAACUAUCUGGUGCGCACUAGAAACAAUCUGGUUGUCACUGCAAACUCUCUAAUGUGCACUAGAAAGUAUCUGGUACGCACUAGAAACUAUCUUGUGCGCACUAGAAAAAAUCUGGUGCGCACAAGAAACAUUCUGGUGUGCUCUAGAAACAAUCUGGUGCAUACUAGAAACAAUCUUGUGCACACUAGAAACUAUCUGGUGCGCACAAAAAAAUCUGGCGCGUACGAGUAACUAUCUGGUGCACACUAGAAACAAUCUGCGCACUAGAAACUGUCUGGUGCACGCUAGAAACUAUCUGGUGGGCACUAAAAACUCUGUAGUGCGCAUUAAAAAACAAUCUGGUGCUCACGAGAAACUAUCUGGUGCACUGCAAAAACAAUCUGCUGCGCACUAGAAAACAAUCUGGUGAGCACUAGAAACUGUAGUGCACUCUAGAAACAAUCUGAUGUGCACUAGAAACUAUCUGGUGCGCACUAGAAA